UCCGGCUCCGGCUCCGGCUCCGGCUCCGGCUCGGGCUCGGGCUGCUCUCGGCGUCGGUCUCGUCCGCCCCGCGUUAGCUGCUCACUCCGUCUCGUCCGCUCUGCUCUGCUCCUCACUUCUGGCCGCAGCCGUUGCAGGGGCGCACAGGCAGCUUUUAGAGGCUGAGGCACCGCAUUAAAGUUUGAACUGAUACAGAGUCGGGGGGUAGGUCCCCUCAUUUCCCAAACCACCACUUCCUUUCCUCUUCCCCCCAAAAGUUUUGGGGGUUCUCCGGUGAUUUUUUGAUCUGGGGGAGACACCCUCUCCUUUCCUCCUUAAUUAGCAUUUUUAAUUUUUUCCUCCGAAAUUGGAAUUAAAAACAAAUCCUUUGGACGAAUUGAUUGCACUUUAAUUUUUCGUUUUUGUUUCAUCUUAUAUUUUUUUAAUUAAUUAAUUUUUUUUGGCCUUUCCUCGGAGCGAGGGGGAGGGGUCCGCCGGCCCAAGUUUUCCCAAGUUCACCAAGCGUGGUGCUUGGAGAGCGAGAGAGCGAGAGAGCGAGAGCGGGCGAACUUGAGCGCUUUGUCCUUAGUCCAGUCCCCGCCCCGGUCCCCUCAGCCGCCCCCCACCCCUCUAUAAAGGAACACAAAACAAAGUUACACUUUGAGUGGCCUCGGGUCUUUUUUUUUUUAAGGCAGGUUCCCCCCCCCCAUUCCCUCUGACACUUCAGGCUCUUUCUCCCCAGUCCCACCCCCUUGCCUUCUCUGCAUCUGGGGAGCGGGCAAGGGACCCCACACCGCAGCCCCGUUUCCGGCUCCAUCCUUUCCCUUUGCUCCCCUCCCCCACCGCCUCCCCUCCUCUCUCCCCUCCCUCCCAAGCACUUGGAGCCAGCCAGAGAACCAACCAAAAAUAUGCUCUUUGAGGGGUUUGAUCUGGUCUCGGCUCUGGCCACCUUCGCCGCCUGCCUGGUCUCGGUGACUUUGCUCUUGGCUGUGUCCCAGCAGCUGUGGCAGCUGCGCUGGGCGGCCACCCGGGACAAGAGCUGCAAGCUGCCCAUUCCUAAGGGCUCCAUGGGCUUCCCCCUGAUCGGCGAGACGGGUCACUGGCUGCUCCAGGGCUCGUGCUUCCAGUCGUCUCGGAGAGAGAAGUAUGGCAAUGUAUUCAAGACCCACUUGUUGGGGCGGCCGCUGAUCCGAGUGACAGGCGCGGAGAACGUGCGCAAGAUCCUUAUGGGCGAGCACCACCUGGUGAGCACCGAGUGGCCGCGGAGCACGCGCAUGCUGCUGGGCCCCAACACCGUGGCCAACUCCAUCGGCGACGUCCAUCGAAACAAGAGGAAGGUUUUCUCCAAGAUCUUCAGCCACGAAGCCUUGGAGACUUAUCUCCCCAAAAUCCAGCUGGUGAUCCAAGACACUCUGAGGGCCUGGAGCAGCAACCCUGAUGCGAUCAAUGUCUACCAGGAGGCCCAGAAACUCACCUUCCGCAUGGCCAUCCGUGUCCUCCUGGGCUUCAGUAUCCCCGAGGAGGACCUCACUCACCUCUUCGAGGUCUACCAGCAAUUUGUAGAGAAUGUCUUCUCCCUGCCUGUCGACCUGCCCUUCAGUGGCUACCGUCGGGGCAUCCAAGCCCGGCAAACCCUGCAGAAAGGGCUGGAGAAGGCGAUUCGUGAGAAACUGCAGAGCACACAGGGCAAGGAUUACUCGGAUGCCCUGGACAUCCUCAUCGAGAGCAGCAAAGAGCAUGGCAAGGACAUGACUAUGCAAGAGCUGAAGGAUGGGACCCUGGAGCUGAUCUUUGCGGCCUAUGCCACCACGGCCAGCGCUAGCACCUCCCUGAUCAUGCAGCUGCUGAAGCACCCCAACGUGCUAGAAAAACUGAGGGAGGAGCUACGAGUUAACGGCAUCCUGCAUAAUGGCUGUGUGUGCGAGGGUGCCCUGAGGCUGGACACCCUCAUCGGCCUGCGCUACCUGGACUGCGUCAUCAAGGAGGUCAUGCGCCUCUUCACGCCCAUCUCUGGUGGCUAUCGCACUGUGCUGCAGACUUUCGAGCUAGACGGCUUUCAGAUCCCCAAAGGGUGGAGCGUGAUGUACAGUAUCCGGGACACACACGACACCGCGCCGGUCUUCAAGGACGUCGAUGUAUUCGACCCUGACCGCUUCAGCCAGGCUCGGAGUGAAGACAAAGAUGGCCGCUUCCACUACCUCCCCUUUGGCGGCGGCGUCCGGACGUGCCUGGGCAAACAUCUGGCCAAGCUCUUCCUGAAGGUGCUGGCGGUAGAGCUGGCCAGCACCAGUCGAUUCGAGCUGGCCAGCCGGACAUUCCCGCGGAUCUCCCUGGUCCCCGUCCUCCACCCUGUGGAUGGCCUCAGCGUGAAGUUCUUCGGACUGGACUCCAACCAGAACAAGAUCCUCACCGAGACCGAGGCCAUGCUGGGGGCCACCGUCUAAUGGGGCUCCCUAGUGAUGUCCUCCCCCUCCCCCUCUGCCUUCCCAUAGCUUGGGUGGGGAGGGGAGCCGGUAAAGUAAUGGGGGGGGGGUAACAAGGAAACCUGUGUCAGUGUAGGGGGGGACCCUGGAAGCAAAGAGAAAAGGCUGAGGGGGGAGGAGAGAGGAUCGCUAGCUUUUCUCUCCUUUCCCUUGGUGGCCCACACCCUGUGGCCGAUGCCAAAAGGGUCAUCCCCACCAUAAGGGGCUGGGAAGAGGGUCCGUCCCUUCCUUUUGGAGCAAGGGGUUGAUUUUCCUUCUCUGACUCCCCUCUACUUUCCCUAGUCUCCCCCAGCCCAGCCCCUCCUUCCUCCCUGCAUGGGGUGGAAUCGCUUGGUGCUGCAGCAGCACCGAGUAGACCGUGAUCUGCUGGUGACCCGCAUGCCCCUUACAGUGUUAAACGUGUGGUGUUAACAGUGUUUUUUUGAUGUUGUUGUUCCACAUUGUUCCCUGCCCUCCUCCCUUCCCCCCAAUGCCGCAUUUUGUUUCUGUUCUCCUUUGGGUUGGGGUGAGGAGGGGUCUAAAGUGCAGGGAAGGGAGCUACCCACUUAGCUUAUUUCCCAUCCCCCAACAAGACCUGCUCUACCCCCACCUCUUACCACUGCUCAGACCAGGCCUUGAGCCCCUCAGAACCUCCCCAGGCUUGGGGGUUACCCUGCAGCAAGGCAUUCUGGGUGACAGCCCUGGGAGGUGGUGAGCCAAAGUGGCUGUGAGUUCCAUUAGGGCCCCUCACUGCCAGUUUGGACGUUUGAAAUCACCUGUUGCUGCUACUCUUCCCCUCUCUUCCCCCCUCCUCCACCUACCCCCGCCCCCAGCAUUGGCCCUGGAUGCCCAGGGUGAGCACACUCAGCUUCACUCUCCCCACCUAUCAGCCUUGAGCCAGACUCCCCUCCCCACGCCCAACCCCUGCCACUGAGAGCACUUGCGCUAAUAAGCCCCUCCCCAUGCCAUGCCCUUAUAUUUAUUAAUGAGUCCCAGGGAUGCCUAGAAUUUGCAGGACUGGAGAGGUCGUCUGUCUCCUCCACUGCCCCUGCCUCCCAACCAUAGCCCUAUUCUUAAUGAUCUCCUGAGAGAGAGGAGGAGGAAAUCAUGAUCUGCCCCAAGCCCUGGCCCCCUGAUCCACUAUCUGACACCCUUCCCUAGGUCAGAGCAUUCUUCUGAUGGUCUAACCAUAGGCCUUCUUGCUGCAGGUGGAGUAUGCAUCCUGCAUAGUCAGGCAAGUGACCUGUCACCACGAGCCCUUCUUACAGAAAUGCCAACCCUCUGGGGAUUCAAAGGCCGCUUUGACCUCGUGCCCUGACCUAAGUCCCCCUUUCUCCCCCUCUCUCUCUGGGUGGGUGAAUUCAGAGCAGAGGGGACGGGGAUAGGGCCGCUUCUUUGAGAGGGAGCUGACCCUCUAUCCCUACCCUGUCUCUUCUUCCACCAGGUUCCCCAGACCCUUCCCUUGUCCAUAUUUCCUUCAUGCCAUUGGCCCAUUAGCCUCUGCUCCAGGAGGGGAAGACAAAGCGGAAGGAGGAGAAAUACUCAAGCCCCCUUUUCUUUGAAUCUGACUUGAAGCCUCCCUGCUAGAGUCUCCCUACUGACUAAGGACAGAAAUGGAAGGGAGCUCUGAGAAACAGUUACUAAAUGAGGGUUCCGGGUACCCCGCAGAUGGUGUGCCUGGUACCAAGGUCCCUCUCACCUGUGGGUGAGGUUUGUCUGCUAGGAAGUCAGGGCGGGGAAGAAGGGGUGGCCAGGACAAAGCGGGAUGUUGUUCACUGGGCUUCCUCUCCCAUUCCCAACCCCUACCUUGUUCGGCUCUUUUCCACCCCAUCCCAUUCUUCUGCAGCUCCAUAAACCAUGGGUUCAAAGUCUAAGAACCCUAGUGCAGGGUCACCUUGAAGAAUGGCAUUCUGGGUAACAUGAUGCAAACCAGCCAGGACUUGGGGGUGCACCUCUAUCUUUCAGGAGACUGGAGAAGAAAGGGGUGGAGGAUUCUUCAAGGAGCUUGGUGGGCAGAGGGUUAAGUGGGUGGCUGGGCAGGAACCAGGGACCCAGUACAAAUGCAGAGAGAAGCCAGGAAGGAAAGAGAAGGAAGAGUGGACCCAAGGCACUUGGCUUGAUGGGCUGGUUUCAGUUUUAGGCCAGAAGCAUCCAUCUGUCUGCAGCUUGGUUGUAUGCCCAGAUCCAUGUGUACACACAUGUAUCUCUGCAUGUGCGUGUGUCUUUUAGCACUAGAUUUAGAUGGGGGCAUCCUAACAAAUACAGCCCCUCCGCCCUCACACACAAAGCCACCCCUGCAGUGGGUUUGCAGAAUAAAGCACUUUUGAUGUCGGGGCCCUGGUGGUGGCGCGCCCCCCCCCCCGCACCAUCCCAACCCUGCCCAAUUUGCUAUAAUAUUAUUUUAUACACAAAAAAACCAAUGUUUUUGGUUGCAGAAAUGUUAUAAUUUGUUUUUUUGUCUGUCUUUAUAAACUAUUAUAAGUACUAUUUUUGUUAUAAUUCAAAAUAGAUAUUUAGUAUAAAGGGUUUUUUUUUGCUGUUAAAUAUUUGUUAUUUAGUAAAAUAUGACCCCCUACCCCCAUUAUUGUAAACGUGGUUCAAAAAUAUUAAUAUGUUUUUAUCGCGAUUGUUUUUGUUGGUUUUUUUUUAAUAUUGAGCAAAGAGCGCACUUGUGUUUGGUUUUUGUGGUUUUUUUUGGUCAUUGUUAAUGGAGCUGGUGCUGUGUGUGUGAGUGUGUUCUCUGUUGUGUGGUUUUUAAUAUGUAUAUAAUAUUUCGUGUGGCAUAUUAAAAAUGAAUGUUGUGCGAUUUGUGAUCUCAAACAUAAUCCAUGUGGCUAUUUUACAGACUUCCAUAAUAAAAAGAGGGGAUUCUGCCUGGCCUUCCUUCA